AUGGCCGUGUCAAUGGUUCGACAGCAAUUUCCCCGUGCUUUGCGCCGUGCGCGCACUUUCAGCACUACCCCCCGACAGCAUGCAGCUGAAGUCAAGCGGUUAGGUGUUAUCGGCGCAGGACAGAUGGGUCUGGGCAUAGCCCUUGUUGCCGCACAAAGAGCACAAGUCCCAGUAUCGAUCAUUGAUUCAUCUGAGAAGUCAUUGGCAAAGGGCAUUGCAUUUGCAGAAAAGCUACUGGCCAAGGAUGUCUCCAAAUCAAGAAUCACACAGGACCAGGCUGACCAAGCUCGUUCUCUCCUUACACCCAGCUCCAAGAUAGAAGACCUUUCUUCCGUUGAUUUUGUGAUUGAGGCUGUUCCCGAGAUUCCACAGCUCAAGUUUGACAUCUUCAAACAGUUGGCUGAGAUAUGCCCCAAGCAUGCUAUCUUGGCCACCAACACCUCAUCCAUCUCUAUCACAAAGAUUGCAGCAGCCACCACGUCUGAUCCAACUGACACAUCAGCCUCGUCUCGAGUUGUGUCCACCCAUUUUAUGAACCCAGUUCCCGUACAAAAGGGUGUGGAAAUCAUCAGCGGCCUGCAGACGAGCAAGGAGACUCUGGAAACUGCUGUGGAGUUUUGCAAGAAGAUGGGAAAGAUCACCUCAGUGUCUGCCGACUCUCCUGGGUUCCUGGCAAACCGUAUUCUCAUGCCGUAUAUUAACGAGGCCGUUAUCUGUCUGGAGACUGGGGUUGGCGACAGAGAUUCGAUUGAUGCCAUCAUGAAGAAUGGUACCAACGUUCCUAUGGGUCCUCUGCAGCUCGCAGAUUUCAUUGGACUGGACACCUGCUUGGCCAUCAUGAAAGUUCUGCAUGAAGAGACGGGAGAUUCAAAAUACCGCCCAAGCGUCCUAUUGGGCAAGAUGGUGGAUGCUGGAUGGCUGGGCAAGAAGAGUGGCAAGGGUUUCUACGACUACUAG